AUGGCUACGAGGGUGCUGACCAUGAGCGCCCGGCUGGGGCCGGUACCGCAGCAGCAGCAACAGCAGCCGCCCCAGGACGAGCCCGUGUUUGCCCAGCUCAAGCCCGUACUGGGAGCCGGGAACGCGGCCCGGGAAGCGGCGCUCUUCCCCGGGGAGGAGAUGAAGCACCCGCACCACCAUGCCCACCAUCCCCAGCAGCCGCAGCAGCAGCAGCAGCAGCCGCCCCAGCAGCAGCAACAGCAGCAGCCCCAGCCUGGGAGCACCAGGCUCCCGGCCGAGGAGCUGGUCCAGACGAGAUGUGAAAUGGAGAAGUAUCUGACACCUCAGCUUCCGCCAGUUACUAUCAUCCCAGAGCAUAAGAAGUACAGGAGAGACAGUGCCUCAGUGGUAGACCAGUUCUUCACGGACAGUGAAGGGUUACCUUACAGUAUCAACAUGAAUGUCUUCCUUCCUGACAUCACCCACCUGAGAACUGGCUUGUACAAAACUCAGAGACCCUGCGUAACCCACAUCAAGACAGAACCUGUGACCAUUUUCAGCCACCAGAGUGAAACUACUGCCCCUGCCCCAGCCCCUACCCAGGCUCUCCCUGAGUUUACCAGUAUAUUCAGCUCGCACCAGUCGGCAACUCCAGAUGUGAACAACAUUUUCAUCAAGCAAGAACUUCCCACACCAGAUCUUCACCUUUCUGUCACUCCCCAGCAGGGUCAGUUGUACCAACUUUUGAGUUCACCGGAUUUAGAUAUGCCCAGUUCUACAAACCAGACAGCAGUAAUGGACACACUUAAUGUCUCCAUGCCAGCAGCCAUGGCAGGCCUUAAUACACUCACCUCAGCUGUUCCACAGACUGCAAUGAAGCAAUUCCAGGGGAUGCCCCCCUGCACAUACACAAUGCCAAAUCAGUUUCUUCCACAACAGGCCACUUACUUCCCCCCUUCUCCACCAAGUUCAGAGCCUGGAAGUCCAGACAGACAAGCAGAGAUGUUGCAGAAUUUAACACCCCCUCCUUCCUACGCUGCUACAAUUGCUUCUAAACUGGCAAUUCACAAUCCAAAUUUACCAGCCACCUUGCCGAUUAAUUCACCGAACAUACAAACAGUCAGAUACAAUAGAAGGAGUAACCCAGAUCUAGAGAAAAGACGAAUCCACUACUGUGAUUAUCCUGGCUGCACAAAAGUUUAUACAAAGUCUUCCCAUUUAAAAGCUCACCUGAGGACUCAUACUGGUGAAAAGCCAUACAAGUGCACAUGGGAAGGAUGUGACUGGAGAUUUGCUCGCUCUGAUGAAUUAACACGUCACUACAGGAAACACACAGGAGCCAAACCUUUUCAAUGUGCUGUGUGUAACCGGAGCUUCUCGCGCUCUGAUCACCUAGCUCUGCACAUGAAAAGACACCAGAAUUGA